UCUUCAGUUCGGGCCAUGGCUUCCAACAGCAUAUUUGAUUCCUUUACAACGUAUUCUUCAACUUUCUUGCGCGACCCCAGCACCAGCAGGCGCUUCACACCUCCCUCCACGGCCUUCCCCUGCGGUAAGAUGGGAGAGAACAGCGGCGCCCUCGGCGCGCCGGCCCCGGGAACUCGAAGCCGGCCCGAGGUGCGCUCCGUGGUGGACGUCCUGGCCGAUCACCCGGGCGAGCUGGUGAGGACCGACAGCCCCAACUUCUUGUGCUCGGUGCUGCCUUCCCACUGGAGAUGCAACAAGACCCUCCCCGUCGCCUUCAAGGUGGUGGCCCUUGGAGACGUGCCGGACGGGACUGUGGUAACGGUCAUGGCUGGUAAUGAUGAAAACUAUUCGGCGGAGCUCCGGAAUGCCUCGGCGGUGAUGAAGAACCAGGUGGCUCGGUUUAACGACCUUCGCUUUGUUGGCCGGAGCGGUCGAGGAAAAAGCUUUACGUUGACAAUCACAGUCUUCACCAACCCGACACAGGUAGCAACAUAUCACCGUGCCAUCAAAGUGACCGUCGACGGACCCCGGGAACCAAGAAGGCACAGGCAGAAACUCGAAGAGCAAGCAAAAUCCUUCCCUGAGCGCUAUGGAGACUUGGAUAGGAUUCGGCACAUGAGGGUCACCCCGCCAACUCCCAGCCCCAGAGGAAUGAGUGCUCCUGGGCACUUUCCAACACAAGCUCAGAGCCAGAUACAAGGUACCUCCGAAUUGAGUCCGUUCUCCGAUCCGCGCCAGUUCGAACGGUCCUUUCCCACGUUACCGGGGCUCACGGAGACCAGGUUUCCUGACCCCCGGAUGCACUACCCCGGUGCCAUGCCCGCGGCCUUCCCGUACCCGGCCACACCUUCUGCCACUGGGAUCGGAGGCAUCAGCAUGACCAGCAUGCCCACCGCCACUCGGUUCCAUCACACCUACCUGCCCCCGCCGUACCCCAGCUCCACCCAGAACCAGAGUGGGCCGUUCCAGGCCAACCCCUCUCCUUACCACUUGUACUACGGAGCAUCAUCCGGGUCUUACCAAUUCUCCAUGGUGGCAGGGGGAGAGCGCUCGCCAACAAGGAUGCUCUCUUCCUGCCCGAGUGCAUCCGCUGGAAACAACUUACUUAAUCCCAGCCUCGCCACUCAGAACGACGGCGUUGAGGCGGAUGGGAGCCAUAGCAACUCCCCCACAACCAUGACGACCACCGGAAGGAUGGAUGAAGCAGUCUGGAGACCGUACUGAGGGACGAGGAAACCGGGCGCCUUCAGGUCCCACUGAAUUAACGUGUCCAAUGAUGAGCUAUGUCGCUGGUCGUGGAAGAGGGCCGUAGGCAGCCCUCCCAUUUCCCAGAAUGCAUUGCAAAGCAAGACUGCUCUUGUACUCAGUGUAGGUAGUUAAGUUAAUUAAGGAAUGAGACUGGAGAUGGGCUGAACUUCAUAUACAUUUCAAAACAAACCCACCUUGCUCGCUAAGGUUCCCCUUGACCAAUGGUCUAUUACGCCGGGAAUGUAUAUAGGGACCUGUAAGGCAGAAAUGCCUCGCUCCAUGCCGUGGUCAGUGGCUGAGCGUGAAAAUCCCAAAGCACCCACCUCAGAGGCUUUUUAAAAUGAGUGAAUGGAUGAGCAAAUGAAUUGGGUGUGCAGCUGUUCAGGUACUGGAGCAGUGAGAGAUUGCUGUGAACAGAAAACAGGCAUGUCAGUCGGCACAUUUGGGGUGGCCGCGAGGGUGGCAGAGCAGGUGCCUGAGCGGUUUCACCUGUGCAAGAAGCCCUCUUCCACCUGCUCCACAGAUGUGAAUGGAGCUGCUCUUUGCUUCAACGGAGCUUGUCCCCCCCCCGAGACACAAUCCUUUCCAAAGAAAUUCUACUGUGAUUACGUUGUGCCAUUUUGCGUUUCUUGUGUAUUUCAACCACCCAAGCAUCACGACGCCUCUGCCCACUGCCCUGCACACACACCAGGACCAGCUGCAUGGGUGAGGAACUGUGUGUGGAAACAGCUCCCUGCCCAGCAGCUGUAAGAGAAACUGGAAUUGUCUUGCGCAGCUGUUCCGGAGAGCUUUGCCGUGCCUUGUUUGCGUCCUGUUACUCCAGAUUCCAGUUUCUUUUAUGCGCCUGCACUGUUGUGACCCAGUUGAAGUGUGUACACGCCCCAGGUCCAGUUCUCACUGAGGUGGUAAACCCGUGUCCAUAGCAGAACAUUUUCGUUUGCCACGAGCACUCAUAGUGCAAGGCUUGCCCGUGAAAAACUCUUGCUCACGUCUAGCAGCCCAGGGGGAACGUUCACUGGAACAGUGCAGUGGACAGUUUUAGAUCUUGGACUUCCUGGUUUUGCAGAUGGGUGUCUCUUUCAACAGUCACCUGUAUUACUUUAAUGAAGCAUGCCUUUAACAUUUCUCCCCUGACAUCCUAUGCUUUGCAAGAGUGUCAUCAUUCCUGAUAAGUUAGAGAAAGAGAGAGAAAAACUGCCUGCCAGCUCUGAUUCGGAAAAAGAACCGUCUGAGCAUGUGCAGUUUUGCACUUUGAACUUAUUCAAAGCACCCUAAUGACUUCCAGGAAUAAAACGGAGUCGGUUCUGCUGCCCUGAUGUGAAACACAUUUGCUUGGGAAGAAGCACUGUUUUGUUACAGAGAAGGAUAAUAUAUUUUUAAAGUAAAAUAAUAAAAUGAGCCACUUACGGCCCAGUAAGUGAAAAGGAUACCGUGGGAACCAGCUCUGGAGCACCUUGGCAUGGCCAGGCCAGCCCAGGUGCUGAGGCCCAGCUGGCUGGCUGCUGCUCCCUCACCUGCUGCUCUCUGGCGGUCGCGGGGCGAGCAUCCCUGGGCUACGGGCGCUGGACACUGGUCCACAGGCCCAGCACUAAGUGCACCUCUUGCUCUUUCUCCCUGGCUGGCUAUCGGAUGCAUGAGCUGAAAGCCUCUCUCCUGUUCCCCUGACGCUGAUGCACCUGCUGGCCACAGCCCUUCAUCAGCUGUGUGAACCCCAUUCCUCUCUAAGAUCUGAGGCUAAUCUUCAUCCCCAGGAAUCCUGCUGGGCCGGGGAUGGCUGGAAGCCCGUUCUGCAGUCGGCUGCACUUGCCGGGGCCCUCCCAGGGGAGCUUCCUGUGCAGGCCUGCGGACGGGACGGGCACACAGCUCAGUGCAGAACUGGGAAGGUGCCAGGUCAAACGCUGAUGCUGGGAAUGGACCAUCUGGUGUCUGGGUAGGGCUGUGCAAGACCCCCGACUGGCUUGUCUAAGCACCCUUGCCAGUCAGUGCAGACCAGGGUGGGCAGCGUGCGCCCUGCCUCCCCCUGCCCCUGUAUAUAAUAGGGAAAAAAAGGCAGACGGAGCAGCAAAAAGGCUCUGCCGGUACGACAGUUUCUCUUUCUCCCGUUUAGGAAAAAUCUAUUCGGAUCACCCAGCAGCCUGCAGCCCCACGUGGGCCACCCCAACUGUGCAGAUAAGACCGGGCUAGAUGGGCAGGGGAUUUUUUGCAUAGAGGGAAGCUUUCGGUCAUUUAAGCUCCUCCGUGUAGGCUUAGCUUUACCACGUCAGUGAGAACAAAGCUCUUGUUUCCCCUGAGACGGGAAGGUUGCGCUGGGGGCUUGGUGCUCCAUGUCUGUGCCCAGAAAUGCCCUGGAAAAGGAGCCUGGCUCCUGCAUCGUCAUCACCCCCGACUCAAAUUGCAGAGCAAGAAAAAGACAGCUUUUGGUGGCGAGGGAGAUGGGGAGCGUUAGUUCUCACCAACUCUCUUUGCCCGAGGACGCCGCCCAGACUUAAUCUCCAUUCCUGAAGCCCAUAGGACGCCUAGUAGAGCCCAAAACGGUGCCACAAGGAGGCCGCUUGUGCCUGCACCCGGGGCCCCGCUCCAGGAGAGGAAGGCCAAAAGCCGCAGCCCAGCACUGCCCCUCUGGAGAGCCUCUGCCCUGCCCUGCCGCCACCUGCUGGUUCACCUGCCUCGC